UCAGCGAUAGACAAGCCGUCAUACGGCGAAGGGACGAUAUUCCGCGCCGGUGGAUCCGCCACUGAGCGACCUCGAGAGAUUCGCGAAUCCUUUUCCGAUUUUCGCGCACCCACGCAAAGAAGAGAGGUGGUUAAGUGAACUUUGGAGACCGGAUCUGCCAAGGAGCCGGACGAGAGGAAAAUCGGAGACAGCCAUGCUCGUGCUCGAUGCGGCGAGGGCGAGGACCAUGAAGAGGACUUCGAGGGGGUGGAUGUUCUUCCUGGUUGUUCUCAUCCUCUGCUUAACCCUGGAACAGUCCGAUGGAGCCAGGAAGAGGUUUCGCAGGCCGACUCCCAGCACGUCGACCUCGAACGACCAGGAAGUCUCAGCUAGUGUGAACAGGUUCAAAGUUACCCGGAACAGACUGAACACGAAGACCACGAAGAAUGAGGUGCAGCCCGAAAAAACGGGCGACUACAAGGUUGUCUGCUACUACACCAACUGGUCGCAAUACCGGACGAAGACCGGCAAAUUCAUGCCUGAAGACAUCCAGCCGGACUUAUGCACACACAUAGUGUUCGCCUUUGGCUGGUUGAAGAAGAACAAGCUGACGAGUUUCGAGUCAAACGAUGAAACGAAGGACGGAAAAGUCGGCCUCUACGAGAGGAUCGGCAACCUGAAGAAGGAGAACCCCAGCUUAAAGAUCCUGCUCGCCAUAGGAGGAUGGUCCUUCGGUACCCAGAAGUUCAAGGACAUGUCUUCUUCGAGAUAUGCCCGGCAAACCUUCAUCUACAGCGCCAUUCCUUACCUCCGAGAUCGAGACUUCGACGGACUGGACAUCGAUUGGGAAUAUCCUAAAGGAGGCGACGACAAGAAGAAUUACGUACUACUGUUGAAGGAACUGCGAGAGGCCUUCGAGGCCGAGGCUCAGGAAAGGAAGAAGUCGAGGCUUCUUCUCACAGCAGCCGUUCCUGUGGGGCCUGACAACGUAAAAAGCGGCUACGACGUCCCUGCAGUCGCUAGCUACUUGGAUUUUAUCAACCUUAUGGCGUACGACUUCCAUGGGAAAUGGGAACGUGAAACUGGACACAACGCUCCUCUUUUUGCCUCUUCCCUGGAUUCGGAAUGGCAGAAGCAACUCAGUGUGGACCAUGCGGCAGAUAUGUGGGUUCGACUUGGUGCACCAAAGGAAAAACUAAUCAUAGGGAUGCCGACCUAUGGGAGAUCUUUCACCCUGUCGAACCCCAACGCCUGGAAGAUCCACUCUCCGGCGAGUGGAGGUGGAAAAGCUGGAGAGUACACCAAGGAGUCCGGCUUCGUGGCCUACUACGAGAUCUGCGAGAUGCUGAGGUCCGGUGCAGCCUACGUCUGGGACGACGAGAUGAAGGUGCCUUACCUGGUGCACGGAGACCAAUGGGUAGGCUUCGACGACGAGAGGGCCAUCAGGAACAAGAUGCACUGGCUCAAGUCUAAGGGUUAUGGUGGCGCCAUGGUGUGGACCGUGGACAUGGACGAUUUUAAUGGGACGGUCUGUGGCGCAAACGUGAGGUACCCGUUGAUAGGAGCUAUCAGAGAGGAGCUUCUGGGCAUUCCUCGAGGAAGCGACGCGAAGGACGUGGACUGGAGCGCCGUGGCUCCAACGAUGGUUGAGACGGUGAAAAAACCAGAGCCCUACAAGAUCCCCGUAACGGAUGUCCUCAGCAAAGCCCAGAAGAAGCAGCAGAAGUCCUCCUCCGACCUCGUCGUCUCCACCGCGAGUCGAGAGCGAGCACCUCAGACGAUCUGCUAUCUGACGAAUUGGUCCCACAAAAGACCAAGUUCCGGUAAAUUCCUGCCCGAGGACGUGGACGCUCAGCUCUGCACCCACGUCGUCUACGCAUUCGCCACCUUGAAGGACCACUUGCUGAGCGAGGGCUCCGACAAGGACGACGAGAUGUACCGCAGGCUCCUGACCCUGAAGGAAAAGAAUCCCGACAUUAAGGUACUCCUGGCCAUCGGAGGCUGGGCCUUCGGCUCCACACCCUUCAAGGAACUCACCAGCAACACUUUCCGGAUGAACCAGUUCGUCUACGAGGCCAUAGAGUUCCUCAGGGAGUAUAAAUUCGACGGACUUGACGUCGACUGGGAAUAUCCACGAGGAGGGGACGACAGAACUGCUUAUGUGAAUCUUCUGAAGGAGCUGAGACUAGCUUUCGAAGGUGAGGCCAAAAGUUCCGGCCAACCAAAAUUGAUUCUCUCAGCAGCUGUGCCUGCGAGCUUCGAAGCCAUCGCCGCAGGGUACGACGUCCCGGAGAUCUCGAAGUACCUGGACUUCAUAAACGUAAUGACUUAUGACUUCCAUGGACAAUGGGAGCGACAGGUUGGACACAACAGUCCUCUUUUCCCUUUGGAAAGUGCCACGAGCUACCAGAAGAAAUUGACAGUGGAUUACAGCGCCAGGGAGUGGGUUAAACAAGGUGCUCCAAAGGAGAAGCUGAUGAUCGGCAUGCCGACUUAUGGGAGGUCCUUUACUCUGGUGAACAAGGACAAGUUCGACAUCGGAGCACCGGCUUCAGGAGGCGGCAUCCCGGGGAACUUCACGAACGAAGCUGGCUUCCUGUCUUACUACGAGGUCUGCAGUUUCCUGAACGAGGACAACACCACCCUGGUGUGGGACAGCGAGCAGCAGGUUCCAUUUGCAUACAGGGAGGACCAGUGGGUGGGCUUCGACGACGAGAGGAGUCUGACCAACAAGAUGUCCUGGCUGAAGGAGGAGGGCUUUGGAGGUAUCAUGAUCUGGUCUGUAGACAUGGACGACUUCAGGGGCACUUGUGGGACCGGGAAAUAUCCUUUGAUCAAGGCGAUGAGGAAGGAGCUGCAGGACUACUCCGUCAAGCUGGAAUACGACGGGCCCUACGAGAUGAACUCCUGGAACGGGAAGUUUACGACGAAGGACCCGAACGAGGUCGCCUGCGACGAGGAGGACAACCACAUCUCCUACCACCCUGACAAGAGCGACUGCACCAUGUACUACAUGUGCGAGGGCGAGCGCAAGCAUCACAUGCCUUGCCCAGUGAAUCUGGUCUUCAACCCCAACGAGAACGUCUGCGACUGGCCAGAAAACGUGGAGGGGUGUCUUCAGCAUACCCAGGCCCCGCCAGUGUAGCCGGGUCCGUCCCGAAGGACACCCUGUACAAAGGAGGGGAACGACUCCCUGAUGAAGAGGCCCCACCAAGAGGGCCUCGACCAAGAAAAGCGCCAUCGGCCGAGGUUCGCGCGACAAGGAACUCGGCUGGGAAUUGUAAUAAACGUUGUAAUAAACGAUGUAUCGGUAACGAGAGAUACAGAGGUGUAAACUCUACGAAUGUCCCCUCUCGAUGAGUAAAGCGAUACGAUUAUCUCGGUGGAAUUUACAGAUUUUUUUUAAGGGCUCAUCUGAUCUCUUCAUCAGCUGAUUCACUAUUUUCUUCGAGAUGGUGCGAUGUAUAUCGAUAAUCGUCGAUGCCGGGAUGUAAAGUCUAUGAAUGCUUCUCCUGGUGAGCAAGACGGUACAAUUUUCACGGUGAGAUUUGUACGGUUUUCUUUUUAAGGUGUUCUCGAUCAGCUGAUCUCUCCUGAUGUCUUCAUCAGCUGAUUCACGGUUUUCUUUAACACGAUAUGACGUAUCAAUUAUACGGAGGUGUGAAGUCUAUGAGUAUCCCUUCUCGACAAAUUAAGUAUAGGUACAAUGCUGUCAGUACAAUUUAUGGUGCUCUUCUCAAUCAGCUGAUUUUAGCGAACUCUCUUCAUCAGCUGAUCGCGUCAGACUCUCAUCAGCUGAUCG